CAUACGAAUUAUGGUGUGGGAGAAAACCGAGUUUCUCGUACUUUAAGAUUUGGGGCUGUGAAGCUUAUGUAAAACGUCUCAUGACGUCUAGUAAGUUGGAGCCUAAAUCUGAUAAAGUAAUUUUUGUGGGAUACCCCAAGAAAACUAGAGGGUAUGAGUUCUAUCAUCCAUCCGAUAACAAAAUCUUUGUUGCUCGGAAUGGAACCUUCCUUGAGAAGGAGUUUCUUUCUGCUAUCACUAGUGGGAGAAAGGUAGACCUCGAAGAAAUUCGAGAACCACAAGAAGAAGCCCCGAUAGUGUUGGAACCUGAGCAAAGAGAUCAAGCAAUUGAACCUCAAAUUGCUCAAGAUAUACCACGUAGGUUAGACCGGAUACGUAAUCCUCCGGUCAGAUAUGGAUUUCUCAUGUCUGAUGAAGGUGACGUCUUGUUGGUAGAUCAAGGCGAACCAGAGACCUACCUCGAGGCAAUUACAUGCCCCGAAUCCGAUCUAUGGCUCGAAGCCAUGAAAUCUUAAAUGAG